GUUAGUGGUUAUACUAUGUCUAUGGUUAUACUGUGGUUGGUGUUUGGUGUCGGUACGACAGCUUUCCUAACCUGUCGAGUCGUCAACUUUAACGAUUAAUAUCUCGUUUCGCGAAGCAGACCGCCGCAUUUUUUUGCCAGAUUUUUUCGUUUCGAGUCAAAACGCAUUGAAUGAGCCUAAUUUUAUCCAUAUUUGAGGUGGAGCCCGUAUUCUAAAUAAUUACCCUUGCGGAUUCGUGUUUUACAGGCAAAAAUACACGAUCCUGUAAAUUUUCAUCAAAAACGAUUUAUAGGUAUUAGAAUUAAUAAUGAAGAAGGUAAAUGAGCGAGCACACCUAUCCAGUUCGGAAGAUGAAGCGUCUACGAGUAUCCUGAGAGAAGCGAUUGAUCAAGAAUUUUUAAAUGAUGAUCUGUACAGCAUGGAAGAAGCUCGAGUUAUUCCUUCUUCUGUAGCACAGAUUGACAAACUAAACAAAAACUCACGGAGAACAAGCUCAAAACAGGAGGAUAAAUUUACAAAUUUUGGUGUUACCGCUGCGUGUCAGAGUUUUAUUGCCAAGAAACUAGAUGAAAUUUUGGAUCGGACUAUAGAGCUAGAAGGCAAUAAAACUACAAACUGUUGUGAUGAAGAGAAACGGAAGAGAAGCAAGAAAUAUGGGAUAAAACUUAUGAGUACAUCAAAAAACUUGUUGACUGCUGCAAAAGUCAGAGAGAACUGUGCAGAACAAGUGAAGACUUCCAAAAGGAAUAGACAAAUUGCAGAUGAUGGAGAUGAGGAUGACUUGUCGAAAUUUCGAGAAGCUGCCGUCGACCAUAAACGUAUAUUAAACAAACUAGAUACAAAAGAUUGGGUCAACAAACGUCCAGAACCAGAAUUCAGAUAUAAAAGAUUAAAAAAUGGUAAUUUAAUCGAGAUGUAGCAUUACUUUUUAUUUGUAAUUAUAUACAUAUUGUAUAUGUAUAUGUGAUAUGUAAAUAUAACACAAUAUAAAUAUAUAGAUAUAAAAGAUUGUUUUCUAUAUUAUUUUCUUGUUCUUGAUUCGUUCUCGAUGAAAAAGGAAGAGAGAGGAAGUGAUUUCUUCUCCCUAAUAAAUAAUUUCUCAUUUUUCACGUUUACACAAUUUAAACUGCUUUUACUUAUGAUAUUAGCAUUUUUCCAUUCUAGUAAUAUGCAAGCAAUAAGUUUCACGCGCGCGCGCGCGAUGGAGUAAGGUGUCCCAUUUUAAUCUGUCACCCUCCAAAACUUAUAUUUUUGCUUGGAGAGAAAAUUGCUCUUCAAACAAAAGUUGUUUGGUUUGAAGGACAUAAUUCCGAUGUGAGUCAUGUUGUAGAUGUCGCUAGUUUUAAGGAAUUUUGAAGGUGACUAUAAAUUUCUUAAAUAGAAUUGAAUUUUUUCCUUGACACAAAACAAGAGUUGUAAAUCUCGUCGGGACAUUUUCAAAAUAUAAUAAAGUAUUUUUUUAUUAAGUAUAAUACUUUCAAAGUUAUGGAGCUCGAAGUUACAGUACCGCCGACAUUUAUAAGUUUCCCUUCUCAAUUUUUAAUAUGUCCCUAUAUAUUAUUUUUUAUAAACCUUUUCUGCAUCAGAGUGAACUAUGAUUUAUUCCAAAGCAUGUCCUUGAACGUAUUCUUGUUUGUUAAUUGUCUGUCAUUCUUUAAAGACUGUUGUCGCCACUAGUCUUUAAAAAUUAAUUAUACGUCCAUUUUAGAAUAAGAUUAAUAAUUCUUCAAUUUUUCUGUGGCCAAUUCGCAGAAGAAUAGUUUGGUUGGCUGCGUGUUCAGUAUGGUGCGGUUUAGCUUGACCGUUCUGUUGGCUGAUGAUACAAUUUAAACGGCGCAUUGAUCAAAAUUAAAUGCCAUGAGACGGCUAUUAAUGCUACCGUUCUAGUAUUUAAUCAAUUUUACCGUGCUGCCGCUUAAUUAAUAAACAUCAUUUGAAUCGCUCACAACAACGUUCGGUGUUAUAUUAUACAAAUAGCCC